AUGUCCACCGCACACGAGCCCAAAGAGGACACUGCUCAUCAGGUCAUCCAUGAUGAAGUGGUCGCCCCGGACCACGAACUUGAAGGCUGGGUUGGAUUAGCCGAAGAUGCCCGCAACGCGACCGCGGAGGAGCAUAGACUCGGUUUUUUCGAUGCUGUCAAACUGUAUCCCAAAGCAUGUAUGUGGACGAUGGUGGUUUCUUUGGUCGUGAUCCUCGACGGGUACGACACUGCCUUGAUCGGUUCUCUGUUUGGUUUCCCUGCUUUCCAACGGCAGUUUGGCCAUGAAACCAGCAAGCCAGGCUCAUACCAACUGCAAGCCAAAUGGCAGACUGCGCUGGGUCUUGCUAGCCCGCUAGGCAACAUCGUCGGCAUUUAUAUCAACGCCUUCUUGACCGAGAGAUGGGGCCACAAGAAGACCUGUUUGGGCACAUUAGCCUUCUUGACUGGUGUUCUAUUCAUCCCUUUCUUCGCCAAAAAUGUUCAGGUCCUUUUUGUUGGAGAGCUCCUCUGUGGUCUCGCGUGGGGUGUGUUUACCACUCUGGCUCCUGCAUACGCCUCCGAAGUAGCGCCCGUCGUCCUGCGUUCCUAUCUUGAAACAUACGUUGUUCUCUGCUGGGGUAUUGGUCAGUUUGUCGCCACCGGUAUCUUGGACAGUCUCGUUCAUCGUACGGAUGAGUGGGCGUGGCGCAUCCCUCUUGCGGUGCAGUGGGUUUGGCCCGUGAUCAUCGUUCCGGUCCUUAUCUUUGCGCCCGAGUCUCCCUGGUGGCUGGUCCGCAAAGGUCGUAUUGCGGAGGCCGAGAAGUCUAUUAAGCGACUUUCGUCUUCCCAGGACCCAGAUCACGCCAAGAAGUCAGUGGCACUGAUGAUUCAGACUACCAAUCUGGAAAUAGCAAUGACGGAGGGGGCCUCAUUUAUCGAUUGCUUCCGUGGAAGCAAUGCCUGGCGUACGGAGAUUGGUUGCAUUGUCUGGACUUCUCAGGUUCUCAGCGGCUUUGCCAUUACCUCCUAUGCUACUUACUUCUACGAACAAGCCGGCCUGGCUACUGCCGAUGCGUACAAAAUGAGCGUUGGCCAGAGUGGUCUUCACUUCCUCUGUACGCUGCUAUCUGUAUUUAUCACAGGUAACUACGGUCGUCGGUCUGUCCUCUUUGGUGGCUACAUUGGCAUGGGCUCAUCCAUGCUGAUCCUGGGUAUCAUGGCUUGCGUUCACCAGACCUCGGGUUUGGGUUACGGAGAAUCUGCUAUGUUUCUGCUCUGGUAUGUCUUCUACGAGCUUACACUCGGCCCGCUUGCUUUCAUCAUUGUGGCCGAGAUCUCCUCCACUCGCCUACGAUCCAAGAGUAUUUCUCUCGCGCGCAAUGCCUACAACGUUGCAAACGUGUUCAGCUCCACUGUCGCCCCAUAUGCACUCAAUCCAACUGAAGGCAAUUGGAAAGGCAAGACAGCAUUCCUGGCCUCUGGUUUCACCAUUGUCAUCACUCUUUGGGCCUACUUCCGCCUCCCGGAGUCUCAAGGACGCACAUAUGAGGAGCUGGACAUCUUAUUCUCGAAGAACUUGAAGGCCUGGGAGUUCAAAGAUGCACAAAUUGACGAUGAUGCCGCGGAGAAUAUUACCAAGCAGGAGUAG